CAUCAGUGUUAUGCUUAUAGAAAUUUCUUGUUCUGCCAGAAGCAUCAUGUUUACGUUUUUACCAAUAAAUUAAGCUAAUAGUUUUUUCGCAUGUCCAAAGGGUAAAACAUCAAAAUUUGGCCGUCAUUGAGACGUAUUUUUCAAAUAUAACGAUAGAUCCCCGAUUAACAAUGAAGAUCUUCCCUACAUAUCUCUCGCAGUGUGACCACAGCCUAUUUAAUAUUUUUAAAAGUGAAGCCACGGUUUAUUUUCAUUGGCCCUUUUGCAAGAACAUUUGUACAUUUUGUAAUUUCAACAAAUAUAAAAGAUCUGAAAAUAAAUUGGGGCAACAUUUUGAAAAUAAAAUGGAAAAUAGUCUUCUUAGAGAGACUCAAACAAUAUUUGGCCUAACGGGAGUGAAUAAGAUAAAAUCAAUUUAUUUUGGUGGAGGAACACCUAGUUUAGCCCCUCCAACAACUAUCUCUAGAUUGAUACAAUGUGUGAAGCAAUUGGCUAAUACUGAUGAAAAGAUUGAAAUAACCAUUGAGUGCAAUCCUUCAUCUUUGAAUAUGACACAAAAACUGGAAGAAUACUUCAAGUUUGGAGUCAAUCGUGUCUCAGUUGGUUUACAGAGUCUGGAUGACAAAAAAUUAAAAAUUCUUGGACGUGAUCACUCUGCAAAUGAUGGCUUAAUGCUGUUAAAGCAAGCUACAGAAAUAUUUGGAUCUGACAGUGUAUCUGUUGAUCUUCUGUUUCGGAAACCUGGUGAUACUAUUAAAUCAUGGGAAAAUGAGCUAAUUCAAAUGCUUGAGCACAAACCACAUCAUGUUUCCUUGUAUGAAUUGACCCCUGAAAAAGGAACGCGGUUAUUUAGAGAACUUAAAUCAGGAGAAUUAACAAUACCAAACGAAAAUGACACAGCUUCCAUGUAUCUGCUUGCAGUGAAACUAUUAAAGGAAUCUAGCUUGGAACGGUACGAAAUUAGUAACUUCGCCAAGGCAGGUUCUAGAGCUCAGUCAUUGCAUAACAUGUCGUAUUGGCAUGGAACUCAAUACCUAGGGAUUGGUCCUGGUGCGCAUUCAAGAAUAUUUCCAUUAGACGCGGAUUUGCGUGAAUCACGCAUUCAGACGUUGGAUCCCCAAUCCUGGCAAGAUUUAGUGGAACGAGACGGACAUGCAACACGCCUGUGCAAACAGCAAAACCGAUUAGAAGUUUUGUCUGAAUUACUAGUCACGUCGCUGAGAACUACUAAAGGAACACAGCCAAAUAGAUGGAAUUUAUUUCAACCACAGUAUUCCAUGAAAGAUGUUUUCGGGGCAGCUGAACCCUUAAAAUUUUUCUACCUCAAUGGCUACCUUAGGUGGGGAAUGAACGGUAGCUUUCAAGCCACGGAUAGAGGCCUUAAUGUAGUUGAUGCAAUUUUACCUACUGUAUUAAACGUCUUAGGCGAAUACCAUACGAGAAAUAAAUUCAGCCCAUGAGGUUUCG